UCCGGGGAGACCAGAUAUAAUGAAUGCAGGGUCCGGGAAGACCGGAUAUAGUGAAUGCAGGGUCCUGGGAGAGCGGAUGUAGUGAAUGCGGGGUCCGGGAAGACCGGAUGUAGUGAAUGCGGGGUCCGGGGAGAGCGGAUAUAGUGAAUGCGGGGUCCGGGGAGAGCGGAUAUAGUGAAUGCAGGGUCCGGGGAGAGUGGAUAUAGUGAAUGCGGGGUCCGGGGAGAGCGGAUAUAGUGAAUGCAGGGCAGAGGCAUCCCUAGGGUUGGUGUCACCCGGUGCGAAUGGAUCGGAUCUGCGGAUUGAGCAUAAUGGAUCAGACUUCGAUCCAUUAUGCUCAAUCCGCAGAUCUGAUCCAUCCUGCGGGGAUCGUCGA